AUGGCGUCGAGACCGGUCAAAAUAAACGAGCUCCUUUAUUUUGUUAAUAAUAAUUUAAGUUUAAUAGAGGAAGAAUCAUUUAUUAAUAAUACUAGUGAAUUUUAUACUAGUGACGAUAUCGUUCUAACAAUUAAAACGUUAAAAUGUGAAAUAGACUCACUAAAGCUAGAUAAAAUGGAAAAAUUUCCCUCGCGCGGGAAUUCAAAACGUGAAAAACUUCUGGAAUGCUUGACUUUAUUCAGGUAUAUUAAAAAUAACAAUUUGUUGGAUAAAAUAGCAUUAUUUUGCAGUUCUGAUAUAAAUAAAAUACCAAACACGGAAAACUGGCUGAAAAUAAAUUUCUACUUCGUUAACAAACAAAUAAAAGAAAUGUUGUUCGCUCAACAAGCUGAAAUUAAUAAAAUGUUUUUGUCUUAUACUACCGAGUUGGAUAAUGUGAAAAAUAAACUUAACUCUCUUGUUGCAAACAAUGUUGGCAAAAAAGUAAACGUUGACUCAGUAAUCUCUAACAAUGUAAAUAACACGUUGCCACCAACUAACCAAAAUGCGCCAGGAAUUUUGUGGGCGGACGUCGUGUCAUCAUCCACUCUGGACGAAGCGGCACAACAAACGUCCACGUUUGAACGUCUCAUUGGAGGCCAAGCAACGGGGGAACCACUUCAAACAACAACAACGAAAACACGGCAAACAUCAAGACAGCUAAAAAACCAACAAAAGUUAUUGGCAAAAAAGUUAUUGAAGAUUGUAAAUUGA